GUCCUGUUUCGUUUCCGGCAAUUUCCCGUGGCCAUUUCAGCGGAUAUUGCGGAAAUGUUCCACCAGAUUAGAAUCAUCGAAAAAGACAGGCAAGCUCAGCGCUUCCUCUGGAACCCUGAUCCACAAGGUCAACCAGAAGUUUAUACCAUGAACGUAGCUACCUUCGGUUCCACCUGUUCUCCCGCAUCUGCGCAUUACGUUAUGACUCUGAACGCCAAGCAAAACGAAAAACAAUAUCCCAGGGCAGUAGAAGGAAUAGUUAAAAGAACCUACGUUGAUGAUUACGCAGAUAGUUUUGAGGAUGAGGAACAAGCGUCACGAAUAGCGGGUGAAGUCAAAUUGAUUCAUGCCAAGGGUGGAUUCAACAUAAGAGGCUGGAUGUCUAACAGUUCUAAGGUCCUCGAAAGCCUCGGAGAAGCCGAAACCUCACAGCCGAAAUCGCUAAACUUGGAGAACCCAAGGGGUUAUGAACGCAUCUUAGGUAUGCACUGGACGUCGAAAGAAGAUAGCCUGGGGUUCUCGACCAUUCUACCUCCAGAUAUCAACGAACUGCUAGCCACCGGUAACCGUCCGACAAAACGACAACUGCUACGAUGCCUUAUGAGCUUCUUUGAUCCUCUCGGGCUCCUCGCAGCUAUCAUUCUCCAUGGGAAGAUUCUCCUCCAAGAUGUCUGGAGAGCAGGAACGCAAUGGGAUGAGCCAAUAGACAACAAUGCCUUCGAAAAAUGGUUACGGUGGACGAAAUGUUUCCCGAAGAUUGCCGAAAUUUCCAUUCCUCGCUGUUACUUCCAAGAAGCAUCCCGGGAACUUUAUCAAGAUCUUGAACUCCAUAUUUUCGUUGACGCAAGCGAAGAAGCUUACGCCGCUGUAGCGUAUUUUCGCGUCUCCACCCCUGAAGGAUUUAUAUGCUCUCUAGUAUCCGCUAAAACCAAGGUAGCCCCUUUAAAACACUGGUCCAUACCUCGUCUUGAGUUGCAAGCAGCCGUGAUAGGAGUUCGAUUGAGGAAAUUCAUCGUAGACGGACAUUCACUGAACAUUCGACGCACCGUUUUCUGGUCUGACUCAAGCACUGUCCUCGCAUGGAUUCGUUCGGACCACCGACGUUACACCCAGUUUGUUGCGUGUCGUGUAGGCGAAAUACUCUCGAACAGUGAAAUUUCCGAAUGGCGUUGGGUCCCUUCGAAGCUCAACAUUGCAGAUCAUGCUACGAAGUGGUUCCACGAGCUUGAGAUCCAACAAGAUUCCGCUUGGUUUAGCGGGCCCGAAUUCCUGAAAGAGUCCGAAGAAAACUGGCCUCAACCUAGAUCGUCUACGACGACUACUACUGAAGAACUCAAGGUACCUUGUCUCGUCCAUCAACCUCAUGAAACUCAAACAACUGUCGAUUUCACCAGAUUUUCUAAAUGGGAAAGAGUCCUAAGAACCACUGCCUAUGUGAACCGGUACAUUGCCCUCAAGACAAACCGAGUGAAAAGUUUUCCAGAACAUCUUGGUCAACAGGAACUCCGUGAUGCCGAAAAUUCACUGUUUGGGAAUGCCCAAUGGUGUUCAUAUCCUGCCGAAAUGAGCGUUGCGGUUCACAAUCGAGGAAAAUCGACAGAACAACGAAAUGAUCUACCGAAACAAAGCAUUCUUCGUCAAAUGUCACCGUACUUGGAUGAAAACGGCGUUCUUCGCGUCGACAGCCGUAUCGGUGCUGCAAAACGUGUGUCAACGUGCACCAAGUAUCCAGUGAUUCUUCCUCAAUACCAUCGACUAACCGACCUUAUCAUAGAUUUCUACCAUCGAAAAUACAUCCACUGCAACUUCGAAACCGUCGUCAAUGAGUUGCGCCAGCGAUUCUACAUUCCCCGUAUUCGACAAACAGUGAAGCGUGUCCUUCGACAAUGCCAGUGGUGUAAAAUCUAUAAAUCCAAACCCCAGGUUCCUCGGAUGGCACCAUUACCGGAAGCAAGACUUGCCGCAUAUACUCGUCCCUUCAGUUACACUGGUCUGGACCUAUUUGGACCAAUAUUAGUGAAGUCUGGAAGACAAGCGUUGAAAAGAUGGGUCGCCCUCUUCACGUGCUUGACCAUCAGAGCUGUGCACGUAGAGGUCGUUUACAGUUUGAGCACCGAGUCGUGCAUUAUGAGCAUUCGUCGUUUCAUCGGAAGGCGAGGAGCUCCAAUCGAGAUCCAUUCAGACAACGGGACGAAUUUCCGGGGUGCUGACAACAUCCUGCAACAACAAGUCCGGCAGUUCCACGAGAACAUGGCAACCACGUUCACUAACGUGGAUACGAAAUGGGUAUUUAUUCCACCAGGCACUCCUCACAUGGGCGGUUCGUGGGAGCGCCUGGUACGCUCUGUGAAAACAGCGCUAGAGGGGAGCAUGAUUCCGGGAAGAAAGUUGGACGACGAGGCCUUCUACACACUGCUGGUAGACGCUGAAGGAAUCGUCAACAGUCGACCGUUGACCUACUUACCUAUCGAGUCAGAAGAAGCAGAAGCACUAACACCCAACCAUUUUUUGUUGGGAAGCAGCAAUGGUGUCAAACAACCGGAGUCGGGACCGAUCAGCGAGGCCACUGGGUUGAGAAACGCGUGGAGCCAGAUAAAUCUACAGCUAGAUCGUUUUUGGUGUCGCUGGGUGCGUGAAUACCUCCCGACCUUGACGCAACGGUCCAAAUGGUUCGGUGAGGCGAAGCCGGUUCGUUUGGGAGACUUGGUGGUUGUGGUGAAUGAAGCAAGGAGAAAUGGCUGGGCUCGAGGGCGGGUGUUGGAACUGGUUCCGGGGUCAGAUGGGCGUAUCAGACGGGCAGUCGUGCAGACAAGUAAAGGACUCACUCGUCAGUCUGUAUCAAAACUAGCGGUCUUAGAGGUCACACAAGGAGGAAACCCUGGAUCUUACACCCCAGAUACCAGUGUUACGGGAGGGGGGAUGUUGGAAACUGGCAUCACUGCCUAAUCGCUUUCCGACAGGCCGCUGACAAUUUGAGUUCAGUGGCUGCUGAUCAACGUUUUUCGUCACGUCAUUCUUUCCUUCUCGACAACGAGCGUCGGUCUAAGUGACAAAAGUUUCCCACGAAUUGUAAUAAAUAAGUUUAGUUAGAAGUUAAAAGUGCUAGUUCUGUGCGGAUAAUUUCGCUAGUUGCUUCUGCGUUCAGAAACCCUACUUCAUACGCUAAGGUACUAUUGACAAUUUAAAUAUUUAACUAAAUUUAUAUAUCCUAACCUAACCUAAUUCAUGGUUACAGCAAUAGCCAAUUAUCUAAAACAAACUAGAGCUUUCCGCUACCUAGUAGCACGAAAUUACACAUAAAUAGUACGGAACAGUUACGGAAUAGUACGGAACGUUAGCUAGAUAAUAGUACGAAAAUCGUAGCGUUACCACCCACGCCAUCUAUCAAGAAACAUUGUUCGGGUGCAAAGUUAGAGAGUGAACACUGAAUUUGUAAGUUGAAUGCUAGCUUUAUUAAAAUCUUGAACCCAUUAUUAAUUUUACAAAAUAAAUUUGCAGCUUGAAGCUGUUUACUACCGCUGCCAAGAUUCAGCGUGUUUUCAUUUCA